AGAAUUUGGAGUGUCAAAUUCCAACACCGUCAUACCUGCUGGCUUCCAAAUUGUCCAAAAUAGCAAUUGAAAAGUUGUCAGUUAAAGUGCGUAUGACACCAAAAAGCAUGUUUAUUUCAUAUUUCACGCGGUGUUUAAUGCUCCUGAAUGAAAUGGACCGUUUGGAUGUGUGGUGAAGCGAUCGUUUUAAAUAUUCAAUUUUUGAAUCCCGCGCCAUGACAAUGAGUGACUUCCGGCUUCAGUCUUGGGUUUAGGACGAAUGCGAAUGUGACCCGGGUCAGCAUCUCCCAAUACAGCAUUGCUUUAUAGCGUGCAGAUGGACUGCGGAUUCAGCUGAUUUUGCGGAUUAAUUCAUUUAUUUUUCAUAUCACGUCAGCCAAACGGCUGCAAAAAAUUGUUGCUGCACCAGGGAGAGGCGUGUGAGCCUUUUUGGGUUUCAAAAGUUUCCCGUUCACCGCGUAUAUUGGUCAAAACAAGCCCUACUACUGUGGUACCAUUGGACGUACGAGGAAGUGAGGAAACAUCGUAUUUUGUAUUAUGUCAAAUACUGGGAUCCUGGCACACGUUUUAAUACGGAGGUGGCUUGCAUUUUGUGGUUGAUUGUCCACCAAAAAUGCCACUCAGCCGACAACCAGCGGCUUGUCGCACACCUCCCCGCCGGGAGAGCGCUAUACUAGGCUUAUUACCCUCUUCGUGUGCCCGGUGUUCUGUCAAAUUUUCAAACCCAUCAGAAAUUGCAACUUUGUGUUAAAAAAGGGCGCAAAUACAGUGAUUACAAAGUAAACACUACAAACUUUAUUUGAAUAAAGGACUAUUUUCUUACGUUUGAUCAUGGACGGAAAUGUAGAAAAGUUCUCCUCAGACACAUCCUGCCAUGUUAGCUGCACAACAACUGUACGCCGCUCUCUGUUUACGUCUUUGCCGUGUAGUAAAGCAUGAUUUUACGCCAUAAAUGUGUUGACCAUGUGGCAGCUAUGCGCUCCACCGGCGUCAGCCGGUUUGUCCGGCGGUACUCUCCAGCUGCUUCCCCGUCAAGCUCUCCUGUAGCAGGGGAAUGAGCUGUAACUUGCUCGCCGCCGGGCGGGUUGCCGAUCGACGAAGACAAUCGACAACCCCGCCGCCGUGUGAUAUGACCCGGGCUAGUUUUGUGGAAUUUUUCGCUUCGAAAUGGGAAAAUAAGACUUUGAGACGUCAAUCGUUUCGGGUUAGCAUACCGGUUAGCUGUCACACCUCUUGGUUUGUUUACAUUCUCUGAAGCCGGGGCAGGGAAAUGACAAAAGCCUGACUAACUACGGUGGCAUAAAAUAUUGUUCGGGAGGUGCAACAGUAAAGGUGAAGUCGACAGUUUUGACCAUUAUGGAGUAAUUUUGCCAUGUCGUACUGAAUAAAUGCAUUUUUAUUAUUUCAUAUUUCGUUUAGCACAAGACUGUUAUUUGUCAUGACCAUACCAUUUAUUUAGCAAUUGUGGAAAAAUACUUCGAUAAAAAGAAUAUCCUGUAAAAAUAUUGGAGAAGACAGACUGAAACAAUGAGAUUUUGUGGCUCUCUUUGUCGCAUUUUCUUCGUUCUGAAUAAUUCCCCCUCAAUGGGUUGAAUUCUAAAUCAGAUGAAACCAUGACCCUGCUGACGUCAUCCUCCUGUUGGGGACACUAGAGCCCUAUAAUGAAAGGCAUAGCUAAACGGCGGAUUAAAAGACUAAUUUAUCAUCAUCUGCGCUUUGCCAAAUAUUUGUAUGUAGUCGGAUCGUCUCAAAAUAUGAUUUUAAUUCGCAUAAUAAUGCUCUUUGAGACUUUUUUUUAUCCUGUCGUACGUACAUUAAGAUAUAUAACCCUGAAGUGAAUACUUUUGUUCAUUCCAAAGAAAUUUUUUAUACUUUCGAGCACUUAUUGUUUUCGCCAAUAAUGUCGAUAAUGAAAAUAUUUCGUCGACGAACCAUUUUUUUCAUGUCGAUGACGAGCUAAAAAUGUGUCCUGGAAGACUAAAACAUAACGAGACCAAUGCCACUUUUUGUCUGAUGAGACGAAAAAGUGUCAUAGUUUUUGUCAGAUAUUAACGAUGCGUAACAUUUUGCUAUUGGAUGUGGAGUGCGUAUGCCCUCAUCGUAGCAGUGUUCGGGUCGUGGUUGGCUCAUGUGACAUGUCUUGCGCCCCCCUUGCACCCUGACAUUGUUUAGGAUUCUUGGCUGCGCUCCAGGCUCGCUUGUUUUGAAACACAUGGAAAGAUUUGUUUUCUUGUCGUGGCAAGCGAGCAUAUGGAGUGUUGCUUUAGCCUUUAAAGGUCUGUUGUGAGAGACUAUCACAUAGUAACCUCUGUGAAGUUGGCCUCCCUUCAGACAAAAAUUUGUAUAAAAAUUAUGGCUGCAGAUAUCGAUUAUUUUAGUAGUCGAUUAAUCUGUCAACUAGUUGGUUCAAAUAAUCGAGUAAUCGGAUUAUGAACAUUUAGUGUAAUGCAGAAUAAAUUUUAGGAGAUGUCAAACAAAGGCUUGCACUUUCAAAAGGGCAUUAAAUGAGAACACAAAAUAAGAUUCCGAAGUGUCUCUUCAAACUAUGCAGAAUUGUACUUUCAUUUAAAAAUGGAAAUACUUGAGUAUAGCCUUAAACAUAUUAAGAAAAUUAAUAAAUGAGUAUCUAAGUACAACAAAAGAACACUUGUCUAUCUUGCACAGCAAAGGUUCGCUAGCUUAAGUGCUAUAAAAUGCUAACUUAUUUUUAUAUUUUAUUUUACAAUACUCUCAACAAAUCGUUCAAACAUAAACUCUCAACAAAUCGUUUAAAGAUGUUGCCACAGCUAAAUAUACCUGUAAACUAAAUUACAAAUGAAUAAAAAACAUAUUAGCUUAUUUUGGUCUUAACAGGGAGCACCUGGAUUUAGCCAUGUUAAAUGGGUUAUGCCAUAUUCACUGUUGCCACUAGAGGGCAGCGUAUCCACCAAAAUCAAUAAAACUACAUGCAAACAUUUUCAAAACAAACCAUUACAACCCCACUCAAAUUAAACGAAUACUCGAAGCAGCAAAAUUUGAUUCGAAGCUUUUUUCUAAUCGAAUUACUCGAGUUAAUUAACUGUUGCAGCACAAAUAGUGCCCCCCCCCCCCGUUGUCGAAAGAGUUGGUACGCUCCGUCAGCCCCGGCAGUCAGGAUAUGGAAGCGCUGUGAGUGACAUAAACACUCGAAAUGAAUAUUUCAACAUCUAUAAAAUAAUAGCAGCUAAGGGUGUAAUGGUAAAUGUAUUUGUAUUUAACCGUUUCGGUACGUGGUGCUCGGUUUGGAACGGAGGCGUACCGAACGAGUUUCUGACGUCAUGUAACCCUUACUUUUCGAGGCUGUGAGUCGAUCGGGUUACAGUUUCUUUGUGUAGAUUAAAUGUACUCAGUCUUCUGUACUAUAAUGAGGACCAACAUGGUAGGACAGUAUAACCCAGAAACGUCAACGGCGCGACAACGUGGCCGCCGCGAGAACGCAGUGAAACGCGGGCGUAAAGUCAGUCAGCCAAUGCACACCAGUUGCAGUGCGGCCGUGUGUUAGACGCGUCCCAGAAGGGGCUCAACACUACGCACGCGAAAAGAACGGCAGAGUUUAUUAAUUGACGCAAAACGCGACCCUCCUGCAUCAAUACUACUACCGGUAGCUGGGAUCGGGCAGACCGGAAGUCAUUUGUGUAAAAAUACGGUGGAUCCGGUCGAUUUUCAAGCUAAUAUGCAAUCGUAACCCACUUUUUGAGUCCAUCAGAUCUCGAGUGGUAGAUCAGGGCACAGUUGACUUGUCCUUGUUGAUUUACUACUGUCUUCUCUGCUAUAAUAAUAACGGCCCAGUGUUCAAUACAAAACCCUCCUACUACAACAAAACAAGUAGGAACUAAUAUUCACAUAGGAACUAAAGUUAUACAACAUAAAAUAUACAAUAUAAAUGAAUACUACAUCACAUUUGUAAAAUAUAAACACAUAAUAAAAUAAAUAAUAGCCCAUUUAAAUAAAAUAAAUUGAAAUGAGCUAAAACACCUGUAAUUAAAUAAUAAGAAUAAUACACAGAUCCUGCUUUACACAAUUAAAUUUAUUAAUUUCUGUGUAGUGCUUUAACUUGAGAAAAUCCACUAAUAAAGCUUUUGAAAACCGUUCAUAAGAAAAAAAAAAGAUUCAUUGAGGCAUUUCAUUUGUAAAAUACAUUUUAAAAUCUUUGUCAUUGGGAUUGCUUUUCUCUUUAGCACAGGACUUCUUACACGGGGUCUGAAAGGCAAAUUGUUGUUGGAUUAUCUUUAAAUUAGGGAUGUCCCGAUCCAGGUUUUUGCACAUCCGAUCUGAUACCGCUAUUGUUUUGCACUUCCGAUCUGAUACCGAUACUGGCUGAUACCGGCCUAUCUGAGCAUGUGUUAAAGUUUAAAGUUAUUUAUCCUCCUUACUUAGUUGUCAGACUCAUGUUGAAAAAUAUUUUAGUACUCUUGAUAACAACUAGCCAGCUGAAUUAGGUGAGUUUGAAUAACACACAACGGUUGGUAACAAGAAACUGACCUGUUUAUUCAGUGACAAACACAAAACAUUAUAAAUAACAAACAGAAAUGGCAUAGUCAGUCAGUAAAACGUGCAAAUAAUAUUGUAAACUGUCUUAAAAAAGCAAAACACACAAACAACCUCAGUGGAAAAUCCCACAAACCCCCCAAGCUAUUAGAUGCUUUUAAUGUUUCGUGCAUUAGUUACAAAAAUUGUAUAAAAAGCCUCUCAGGUUUAAAUAAACGACUAUUUCAGUAUCAAGUUAACAUUUUAAAACAGUAAAUAAAAUACUCAAGUCCCCAUUCUGUAUCAGCAGCUUUAAACUACAUUCAAUUAAUUUAAUUUUGCGAAUCAACUGUUAAAGUUGUUAAAAUUGCUCCCGUUAUUCCAUAAUUUCCCUUCUGUCUACUUUCGACAUGUGAAAGUUUUAAAACUGUUUUGAAGAUAGAUUCAAGUCAUGAUUUUGCCGAUUUAGGAGUAUUUUAGAUAAAAAGUUAAUUAGGUUCGCUUGGAAGGUUCACAACAGCCUACAAGGGAAGUCUCCUGCUUUAAGAUGGCGGCUGUUUACUAACGCAACUAGUUUUCAAUACUUCAGUGUUCCUAACGCUGUCAAGUCUGUCAUUUUGCAUCUAAUUCUAUAUACAUAUUAUAUCUAUUAUCUACAGUAAAACGAUGUUGACGUAGUUUGUAGCGGCUGUAGGCAGCAGUCAGGUAUUCUUGUGUUUUUUUUAUCCAACGGCAUGAGUUGAGCUAAAGCCAUUAGUUGAGUAUUGGCAUUACCCGGGUCUUACCCGGGUCUAUGACAAGCAUGAUGUUUACUCUCGGGACGCAAUGUGGUCCGUUUCUCAUUGCGUCCCGAAGACCGCGCUGUGUAUUAGUUCCGCUUUACUUGACAUAUUUCAAUAAUCGGAAUUUGGAUGUUUGUGAAUCGUUCUCGAAUCUUCCACGGCCGAAUCGCUCAAGGAUGUAAUGACGGCUGGGCAUGUUGUACCGUGGUUCUAAGUGUUGGAUGGUGCGUCUUUACUCACGAAAGAAAAUGGCUCGUCAUCCAGAAUGAAUUCUUCGGCAAUGACUCUUGUUAUUCCCUGGGCUUUGGGACUGUCGAGGGCCAGUUUGUCACGCAUAGCAAAAGUUUCUGCCAGUUUUAGUUGCGUUUCUUUUUGUCUUCGGUUUUCUUAACAUACUCCUUAUAUUGUUUGUGGUGGUAUUUCGCUAAAUGCUUGAUUAGGUUGGUUGUAUUAAAACUUCUUACAGCUUUACCACCACGCUUGACUUUAUUGUGGCAUAUGUUGCACUCUGCCUCUUCGUCUUUGUCGUCCUUUAAGGUGAAAUGAUCCCACACUGCUGACAUUUUUACCGAUAGUCUUUCGGUAAAUUGGGAGACGGUAAUGUAAAUGUAGUGUGUUGAAGGUGUGCCGUAAAAUGCGGAUCAGAUUUUGGGGAAACCGAAGCAAAAACUUGAAUGGAUUAUGUAAAUCGGUGCACUGAAAACCCGGACCGGACUUAAAAAAAAAAAAACUGGAUCGGAAGUGUGGAUCGGAAUUUUUCCGUGUUGGCCGAUUCAAUACCGAUGCGCAUUUUUUUGCCCAUAGCGGCGUCCGAUCCGAUCCAAAUAUCGGCUCGGGACAUCUCUACUAUAAAUACCCGCUACUUUUUGAGCAGAAUUCUAGCUUUGUAUAGGCUAAUGUUCCUAUUGUUGAAAGGUGUGUAAUAAACAACUAGCACAUUUAUAUUUUGCAUUUUGUUUUAUUACUGUACCGAAAAUGAACCGAACCAUGACCUCAAAACCGAGGUACGUACCGAACCGAAAUUUUGCGGUUCCGUUCCACCAUAGAUGGCAAAUUAAGAGCAUAAUAUCUACAAAACCGUUGUAGCACGCACAAACAAAUUUUUUUACAGCACAAGGCAGCACAAAUGAAACACAAAUGAUUGACAAGAUUUUUAGCUAUUUUUAAUCAAAAUGGAGGGCUUGUUGACCUCAGAUUGACGUAUAAAAGAAUUGUAAAUAUCUUUAUAACAGUGCAGCACAAACAGAACUUUUUAGAGCACAAACAUAGCAGAAAAGAUUGACAUGAUUUUUAUAUAAAUUUGUGUGUGGUAUGGGGCCAACUUCGCAGAGGUCACACACUCAAUGUACCUCGUCGCGUCAGCAUAGCAUUCUCGUUCGUGUUAGGUUUAGCUUGCCUGGCACUGCCAGACUAUUCUCCCUGUAUUUUUCAAACACUGUGAGAAAUAGUCUGGGACCCAGCCCAUUAACGGCCUCUCGAGCAAGUACAAAAUCAACCGUCCAAUCAGAUUCGUUUAUUUGCGUGACAUGUUCUUAACGGGUAACGUCACUCUUGCGCGCCGAAAGUCGUCUCUACAACAAUACAGAUGGCGAAUGGGAGAGCCAAGAAUAUGUUCCAAUCCGAGGUAAAACCAGUUUUAAAUGACCAAAACCACAUCGACACAAGUCAUUGACAACAGUCAACAUGGCUCGCGCUAGCCAUGUUGAAUAAACUUCUCCAUUCUCCGCUCACGCUAAUUACUUGUCACUUUAACAACGUCACGUCUGCUCGUCGCUGAUUGGUCCACUCCGCUGUCUGUUUGCUGUGGCUUGCUCCGCCCUCGGAAUUUGAUCCACCGGAUGGUCGCCAGACUCAAUUGCUGGAACAGCGGUGAGUCUGGUAUACCAGGCAAAGGUUUAGCAUUUAGCGUGGCGAGCGUCGUCUUAAACUCUCGGACAAGUCUUUUUACAUACAGGCUGUGCUUGUAGACGCUACAUAAUGUGCUCGUCUGUCAAUGUUUAUUCCAAAAUAUUGGAAGCCUUUAUUUAUUUAUUUUUCGAGUAAAAGUUUUGAAUUUCACAAAAACAUUUUGAGUCAUCGUCAGCUAAACUACACAAAAUUUGUCAGUGAUUUUGUCACCUAGAACUAGACGAAGACGUACCCAUUUUGAAAAGGCUAAAAUAUGACUAGGACUUAAAAGUAUUUUUGGCCAAAAGACGAAAAUUAAAAGGUCUACCAAAACAACAGUUUUUAACACUUAACUUUAACCUUUUAUAGUGAUUUAAUUUGGUCAUUUAAAAAAAAAAAACUUUAAAUAGUAGCAAAUAUUAUUGUAUAUACCUGUAUAUUUUUCAUCAUUAUUAUGUUUCUAUAUCAUUUUUAUAGAAUAAUACGAUGUUUAAAACUGAAAAAAAUUGAAAUGAAUACAAACAACAAUUCACACUGGUUACGGCGCCAAGUGACACUCUAAAGUUGCAUUUUUUUUCAUUGCAUUUAACUCAUUGCAUGCCGUUGAUGACAAUAAGGGCAUAAGACGUUCCCAGUUCUCGGUCAAAGUUGAUCUGACCUUUUACGCCGUCAAUUGCAGCUAAUGAGUGCCCUGUAAGGGUUUAAAAAAAUAAAAUAAAAUGUUAAUUGGUGCAUUCAGUGGCAUUUGCAUGUUUUUUUUUUGUGCUCGUGUGAUCUUUCCUACUCCAUUCUCAAAACAUGCUUUUAAAAUUUCCGCCUCUUGUAGGUGUGAAUGCUCGUCGGUCUAGAUUUGCAAUGCAGUUCGGUGGCAACCAGUUGAGCAAUUUACUAAUUAUGCAAAACUAUUUUGAUAACUGAUUAUUUGUUCAGAGACCUUGUUGAACUUAAACUUGUCCAAAUCCUCCUUAGACUGAUUUUCUUUUUUGGUUUAAUUUUGAAAUUAAAAAGAAAUUACUGCAAAUAUUUGCUUUUACUUUGCAAAUAAUUGAUCAACUAUUUUGCCUAUUACCUGACACGUUAUGGACCUAAACAAUAAUUCAUUGAGUGAGUGGAUAGCUCGUCCGCCUCAUAAUUCUGAGAUCAAGGGUUCAAUACCGACCUUGCCUGCGUGGGUAUUCUACGGCUACGCCAGUUUCCUCCCACGUUCCAAAAACAUGGAUGAUCCAACACUCCAAAUUAGUUUUAGUACUUGUUUGUCUCAUUGUGCCCUGCGAUUGGCUGGCAACCAAUUCAGGGUGUGUACCCUGCCUACUGCCUGUAGUUGGCUGGAAUAGGCUCCGGCACCCCCGCGACAUUAGUGAGAAUGAACAGAACGGAAGAUGAAUGAAUGAAUGUGAUGCAACAAUUAGUAAAUAUAAUGGACAUCAGGGGCGUCACAAAAUAUCGACCUGGUGAUAUACCGUGAUACUUUGUAUUCCAAAAGGUUAUCGAUAUGCUCCUGCCAAGAAUUGAGAUAUCGUUUCUAAUAAAAAGGAACCAACAAGUUGCUACCAAAAUCCGACUUUCACUAUAGCAGUGUGUCAGUUAACCAGAGGUGGGUAGAGUAGCCAAAAUUUUUACUCAAGUAAGAGUAGUAUGACUUGAAAAUAAUAUUACUCAAGUAAGAGUAAAAGUAGCCAUCCAAAAAUGCACUAGUACAAGUAAAAAAGUAUCCAGUUAAAAGAAUACUUAAGUAAUGAGUAACAUUUUGAGUAACUGCUUAUUUUUGUUAGAUUUUUUUAUUUUAAACAAUGGUAUUUUUUUUUCUUAGCACAAACGUAUUUACCGGUAUAUGAACUGUUGUUCAAAUGUUACUGUACAAGAGCCCAUUACAUAACACAAUCAAGCCAAAGGAAAAAAAAAUCUUUAAAUUAAAGAGAGAGAGAAAAAAGACCGUAAUGAAGCAUUAUUCGUCCAUGGAGCAUGAGUGCCCUGCCAUCUAGUGGAGAAAAUAGUUGGUAGUUUGAAUUGUGAAUACUGUUCUUUCAUACGUACUAUUAUGAAUUUAAAAGGAUCAUAUCUGUGGUUUUCCGUGGCCAAUCUGUGCCAAAUAAAAACUGGGAGAAAGUUUUUAAUCCGCGCUUUUAUUCAUGUUGAGAGCAGGGCUCCAGGUCAAAUACUUCAUUUGUUACAGUGCUUUAAAAACACGUGAUCGAACAGGCUUGCGUGAUCAUAGAACGCAAGCUAGCGUCUGAUUAGUGUAAUGGAGUCAUGUAAUUAGUAGUAGCGCUACCCCUGGCUAUAGCAUCGCUAGCAAAAAAAUAAAAUAAAAUAAAUCGAAUAAAAAGGAAAAAUGUAACGACUCUUAGUGUAGCCAAAGUAGCGGAGUAAGAGUAGCGUUUUUAAGUAAAAGUAAAAAGUACGGCUUGGUAAAACUACUCUUAGAAGUACAUUAUUCUCAAAAAGUUACUCAAGUACAUGUAACGGAGUUAAUGUAACGCGUUACUACUAGGGUUGGGCAUCGUUUGAAAUUGAACGAUUCCGGUUCCGAUUCCGGUUCAAUGCUUCGAUUCCGGUUCCGAACGAUUCUGGAUUAGAUUCUUUUAGAAGGCAGGGUAAAAAAAAAAAAAAUAAAUAAAUAAAAAAAAAUGCCAGGGUAAAAAAAUCUUUAGUUUAAAAUUGUAUAAGUUUAUAUUAAUGUCUUCUCGAUAUUUUAAAAAUUAUAUAAAUUUUAAAUUUAUUAUAAAUAUUUAUAUGAAUUUAAAAUGUAUUAUUAUUAUUUAUUAUUAAUACAAUUGAUUUGAAAUCUAUGAAUUAUAUGAACUUCUCACAGGGUUAUUUUCAACUUGUAUAUAAAUGUCAGUCUUUGAACUCGAAUGUGAUGAAAUUUCUUUCCACAGGAAGUACUUUCACAAAGAUGUUUAUUUUUCAAAAGCUCACGGAGAAAACAUUUACUUACCGUAUUGGCCCGAAUAUAAGGCGGCCCUGAUUACAAGACGACCCCCUCUUUUUCAUGGCUCAAGUCUGAAAAAACACUUUUUGAACACCAAAGUAAUUUUUAUACAGAAAAUAAUUACAGUACAUCCGAAACAAAUGAUUAUAACAAUAUAUUUGAGAGAAAAAGCAUAUUAUUUUGCCUCAUUCAAAUCUUAAUAUAUGAACAUUUAAAUAUGUAAACUAAAGUGCAAUCACAUUCGUAAAUGGUUUUUGAAAUGUAAAUAAACCAAUCUAUUGUGAUUAAACAACAGGAUUGCAAUAACUGCAUUAACCAUCAAAGUGAAGUUUAACUGUAACUGUAGUCUUGAAACAAAUCUGAAUAAAGAAAAACAUUGCAAUAAAAUGAUGCAAACUGGUUAAACCUGAGAGUAGCUGAGAUCUGUCAUGACAGAACAUCGCUUCAAUGAUAUCUGGCGCCAUCUAGCGUCGUGAAUGGGUAUAACGUCUAGACCGUGAAUAUAAGAUGACCCCCUCUUUUUCAGUCUUAUUUCAAUGCAAUAAACACCGUCUUAUAUUCAGGCCACUACAGUAUAUUCUUUUGCCACACAUACCUUAGCUGGGAGCUACAACGAAGCAUUAGUAUAACUUCUUCUAUUGAUUAUAAUUUGAUGUAGAUGAGGCAAAAUAAUAAGGUUUCAUUAUUUGUAAAACCGAUUCUGUUGUGUUUACAGACACAUGAAAAUUUUAUGUUGUGACAAUACCAGUUAGGUCAGUGCACUGUAGUGGUGUGUACAUAUAAUGCGGAGAAGAAGAGAGGAGAGCGCCUGGCUAGGAUGCUUUGUGAUGUGAAGCUAUGUUUUCACUACUACGAGUUCAUUAAAAAAGUAAUCUAAUGUUUCAUAUGGCUGCUUCUUUCUAAAUAAGCAACAUAACAGAUUCCAAAACAAAAAUCCUUUUAAUACUGUUGAUUUUAACGGAGGCGUCUACUGCUUUAAGAUGGUGGCUGUUUACUAACGCCAGCGAGUCUGUCAUUUCGCAUCUAGUUCUCUUUAUAUGUUCUAACGCCGCCGAGUCUGUCAUUUGCAUCUAGUUCUAUUUACAUGUGAUAUCGAUAAUAGCCCACGUAAUAAUACGAUUUAUUCUCAUACUAUUCCAUCCAUCCAUCAUCUACUGCUUAAUCCGGGGUUGGGUCGCUGGGACAGCAGAAAACAGACAUAAUGUAUUGUUUUUAGGGCUGUCAAACGAUUAAAAUUUUUAAUCGAGUUAAUUACAGCUUGAAAAUGAAUUAAUCGUAAUUAAUCGCAAUUUAAACCAUCUAUAAAAUAUGCCAUAUUUUUCUGUAAAUUAUUGUUGGAAUGGAAAGAUAAGACACAAGACGGAUAUAUAUAUUCAUUAUACGGUACAUAAGUACUGUAUUAAUUUAUUAGAACAAUAAAUCAACAAGAUGGCAUUAACAUUAUUAACAUUCUCUUAAAGCAAUCCAUGGAUAGAAAGACUUGUAGUUCUUAAAAGAUAAAUGUUAGUAUAAGUUAUAGAAAUUUUAUAUUAAAACCACUCUUAAUGUUUUCAUUUUAUAAAAAUUUGUAAAAUUUUCAAUCAAAAAAUAAACUAAUAGCUCGCCAUUGUUGAUGUCAAUAAUUACACCAUGCUCACUCAUGGUGUUGAAAGCCAUAAAAUCAGUUUGACCCAAGCGCCAGCAGAGGGCGCUAAACACCAAAAAACAACUAACAAGCGGACAUUACACUCUGCUGUCAUUUUAAUCUGGUUGAGCGGGGCAUAUGCGUUAAUUGGGUCAAAUAUUUUAACGUGAUUAAUUAAAAAAAAAAAAAAAAACCGCCCGUUAACGCGAUCAUUUUUACAGCCCUAAUUGUUUUACUUACCUGUUUCUGACGGCGCAGCGUGUCAACUACGUAGCACUCAGCUAGCUUUGCACUUGGCACUUAGGCUAUAUUCCAUGAAGCCGGUUGUGCAUAAUUAGUCAUGCAGCAACCUUCGGAUGAUAUAGUUUUGUUGCAAAUGUUGCACUGAGCUGACUGGUCUUUUUUAAAAAAAUUUUUAUGUAAAGUCAAGCCAAACCUUUGAGCACCACAGCCACACAGUGUCCAUGGCUGUCAUCAAGCAAUGCACAAACACGUGCUUCUUGUGGCUUCUUCUUGGUGGUUUUCGGAAGCAUUUUUUUCCCGCUUGGCGGUCAGGGCAUCGAAACAUGGAAUUUAAAAAUUCGAACGGUUUUGGGAGAACCGGAGUGUUAGAAUCGCGUCCCAUCGAUGCUCAGUGCUCGAUGCCCGACCCUAGUUACUACCCACCUCUGCAGUUAACUCUAUGGCUGCCAUUGAUGGUGCUUGACGCCCAAUCCAUUUAGAUUGGGAGAGGCGAAUGAACGUCCAUUCUGUCGAAACCAGAGCAUUCACAGUCACUCUUUCCAAUUUUCAGGCCAUUUACAGGUCACUUUUUGUUCACUUUUAAGGCAUUUGCAGGUCAAUUCGUGUUGAGUUUCAGUCACUGCCUAAUCAUUUGAGAGAUUCCCGGGUCACUUCCUGUUCUGUAACACAAAUUCAACUGGAAGUGACCUAUAAAAUGCUCCAAAAUCAAUAGGAAGUGACUGAAAAUCAACAGGUAAAGAACUGAAAUGCCCCAAAAUUGCCUAAUUGGCUUGCACUGGCUGCCACUGACGGCCAUAGACGUUCAAUUUGUUUGAAGUGGGAGGGAUGGUAGCCUGCCACCCUCCCAAUUCAAAUGGAUUGGACGUCUACUAGUGAUAAACGCAUUCCAAUUCACAGAAGAAGCUUGUUUUUCUGUUUAUUAGUUGCUCUGUAUCUUCGGAUGAUUUCCAGACCAAUGUAUUGAUAAUCAUUGUUUCACCAUAUCGUGAGGUCAUCGUAAGCUCUGUAUUACGAAUCGUAUCGUAUCGUAUCGUGAGGUACCCAGAGGUUCCCACCCUUAAUGGACAUAUUCAUCGAUAUCAAAACAACCAUGAGUUUUAACACUUACUCAUCACACUAGAAAUAGGUUAAGGGUCCACUGAGUCCCACUGAUGUCCUCGCAACUUUAAAAGUUUCAUUUUGAAAAAUGAUAUAAUAAUGUGUCGACGCACGCCUCCUGUUAGAGCAGAACAUUUUUUUGAGGUUUGCAUGAAUGCACAGGUGGAAUACUAGAGUUGGCAAAGGUUGUGUUUGUUAUGUCUUAAGUGGAAGCUUGUUGAGACAUGGCACUCAGCGCAAGGGAACUGUGUGUGUGUGUGUGUGUGUGUGUGUGUGUGUGUGUGUGUGUCGAGUGCUUAAGACAGAAACGACCAUAUGUGUGAAUAUCAUGGAAAUUGUCUUUACUUCUUCAACUAUAACAUUUUUCAGUAUACAGUCUUAUGAAAAUGUAUCUGAACCUUUUGGAAUUUUUCACAUUUCUGCAUAAAAUCACCAUCAAAUGUGAUCUGAUCUUUGUCAAAAUCACACAGAUGAAAAUACAGUGUCUGCUUUAACUAAAACCACCCAAACAUGUAUUGGUUUUCAUAUUUUAAUGAGGAUAGCAUGCAAACAAUGACAGAAGGGGGGAAAAUAAGUAAGUGCCUAAGGAGAUUUAAAGAGCAAUUGAAACCAAUUUUUACCCAAAAAUUUAGGUCAGGUGUGUGCCCAAUCACUGAUGAGUGGUUUAAAGCUGCCCUGCCCACUUUAAAACACACACCUGGUAAGAAAUGCCUUGAUGAGAAGCAUUGUCUGAUGUGCAUCAUGGCUCGGUCAAAAGAGAUGUCUGAAGACCUGCGUUCAACGAUUGUUGAUUUAUAUAAAGCUGGGAAAGGAUACAAAACAAUCUCUAAAAGUCUGGACGUUCAUCAAUCGAGAGAGUUUGGCACUGUUGCUUCUCUCCCAAGGAGUGACCGUCCACCAAAGAUGAUGCCAAGAGUUUAGCGCAGAAUACUCAGAAAGCUUUAAAAAAAAAAAAAAAAAAAAAAAAAAAGAACCCUAGAGUGUCUGCUAAAGACUUACAGAAAUCACUGGCACAGUCCGAUAUCUUUGUGCAUACAUCGACUAUAUGUAAAACUAUGGCCAAGAAUGGUGUUCAUGGGAGGAUUCCACGGAGGAAGCCACUGCUGUCUAAAAAAACAUAGCUGCUCGUUUAAUGUUCGCAAAAAGGCACUUGGACACUCCACAUAAGUUUUGGCAAAAUAUUUUGUGGACUGAUGAAACCAAAGUUGAAUUGUUUGGGAGUAACACACAGCAACAUGUAUGGAGGAAGAAUGGAACAGCUCACCUACAUCAACACCUCAUCCCCACCGUGAAGCAUGGUGGAGGGAGCAUCAUGAUUUGGGGCUGUUUUGCUACCUUAGGGCCUGGACAACUUGCAAUCAUUAAUGGAAGAAUUAAUUCAAAGGUUUAUCAGGAUGUUUUGCAGGAAAACCUGAGGCCGUCUGUCAGAUAUUUGAAGCUAAAGAGGAUGGAUGCUGCAACAAGACAAUGAUCCAAAACACAGAAAAAUCAACUUCAGAAUGGUUUCAGAAGAUGUUCUGGAGUGGCUAAGUCAAAGUCCAGACUUGAACUCAGUUGAGUUGCUGUGGCAUGACCUAAAGACAGCAAUUCAUGCCAGACAUCCCAGGAAUCUAGCAGAACUACAUCAGUUUUGUAGAGAAGAAUGGGCCAGGUUUAGUCCUGAUAGAUGUGCCAGACUGAUCUGCAGCUACAGGAAGCGUCUGGUUGAAGUUAUUGCUGCCAAAGGAGGGGGGGGCACAAAAUAUUAAAUACGAUGGUUCACUAACUUACUUUUGCCCCCUCUGUCAUUGUUUGCAUACUAUCCUCAUUAAAAUAUGAAAACCUUUAAAUGUUUGGGUGGUUUUAGUUAAAGCAGACACUGUUUUUUAAUCUGUGUGAUUUUAACAACAAUCAGAUCAUAUUUGAUGGUGAUUUUAUGCAGAAAUGUGAGAAAUUCCAAAAGGUUCAGAUACUUUUUAAAACCACUGUAUACUAAUAAAUGUUAUAGUUGAAGAAAUAAAAAUUGUUUCCAUAAUAUUCACACAUAUGGUCAUUUUUUUUCAUACCACUGUAAGUGGUUAUAUGAUAGGUAGCUGGCCGGGCGUUUUUAUUAAAAAAUGUUCAUGCCUGGCCAUAAUUAUGAUUUUUUUGGUCUUUCCCUCCCACUUCAAGUGAUUGCUGUUCAUAAUCUGCAAAAUCCUGGAUUUUAAAAUUCUAUUUAUAUGUGUCAUCUAAAAAAUCCACAUUUCUAUUGACUCUCUUGAAGCAACCGAAUGCGCUACUGUGAUUGCAGGCUUGUUGUCUAAAGAACAGGAACAUUCAUUGAACUAUUGCACAACUGUUCAAAGGGGCGUUUUUCUCAUCAUUGCAUUAGAAUCUAGGAAAGGGUUUUGUUUGAAUCAGUGAAAGGUAGGUGGCCUUGGGGACGACUCCUGAAGUAUUCCUGAUUUUUGUGCCCGAUGCUGCAAUGCGAGCUGAAAAGAGGGAUAGAGGUUAUUCAGUUGGACCUGAACCAACCCCUGGAAGAGCAGGGUCCUCUGGACGUCAUCAUCCACAAACUGACGGACCUGAUCCUGGAGGCUGACCAAAAUGAUUCUCAGGCCGUGGUGCUGGUGCAAAGAGUGCAGGACUACAUCGACGCUCACCCCGAGACCAUUGUUCUCGACCCGCUGCCGGCUAUCAGGACUCUCUUGGACCGCUGCAAGUCUUACCAGCUAAUCCACAGGAUAGAAAGCUGUAUGCAAGACGAGAGGAUUCGCUCUCCUCCGUUCAUGGUCCUCAACAGCGAGUGCAGCCCGGAUGUGCUGGAGGUGAUCAGGAAGCAUGGACUCACAUUUCCCUUCAUUUGCAAAACUCGAGUGGCUCAUGGAACCAACUCCCACGAGAUGGCCAUUAUUUUCAGCGAGGAGGACCUGAAGGACGUGAAGCCGCCCUGUGUCAUCCAGAGCUUCAUCAACCACAACGCGGUGCUCUACAAGGUGUUUGUGGUGGGGGACUCCUACACGGUAGUGGAGAGACCCUCUCUCAAGAAUUUCCCAGCCGGGCCUGCGGACAGGAAAGCCAUUUUCUUCAACAGCCACAACGUUUCCAAACCCGAGUCGUCCUCGGAUUUGACCUCGAGGGACAACGUGGAAGGCAUGUCUCCGCCUCCGAGCGACGACGUCAUCCGAGAACUCUCCAGGUCUUUGCGGCAGGCGCUGGGCGUGUCCUUAUUCGGCAUCGACGUCAUCAUCAAUAACCAAACCGGUCAGCACGCCGUCAUCGACAUCAACGCCUUUCCAGGUUACGAGGGCGUCCCGGAGUUCUUCGACGACCUGCUCGACCACAUCGGCGCCGUGCUCCAGAGCCGUGCCGAGCCGCCCCCCGCGGCGGGCGACGCGGGACUGAAGGGCGGGCGUCAUCAGCGCCUGGGCUGCAGCUCGCCCAAUUUUCAGCAGCACUGCGUGUCCGCCAUUGCCACCAAGGCCUCCUCGCAGUGACCCCCCUCCCCCUAUUUUCUGGAAAAACAAUGAAUAAUAAUCAUCAUAAUUGUGGUGUUAAUGAUAAUAUAUCUAAUCCUUUUCCUGUGUAGUUCUGGCAAAUGACGGUGAUUGGGUGUAAAACUUUUUUUUUUUUUUCCCUCUUUAUUUUUUUGGCCUUUCUAUUUUCUAUGGUUGUUUUCGUCCAAUGAGACUUUAACAGUACUGUAAUGUGAAUCUUUUGGGAAGUCAUUUGUAAUCUUUUGGCUGCAGUGAGGCAUUUUCGGACUGGGAAAAGAUGUGCCACUACAUGUGCAAUGUGUGUGUGGGUGCGUGUGUGCGUUCGUGUGGGUGUUCAACACCGUUGAUGUGCGUUUUUGAACCAAGAGAUAAGCUGUUGACCUUCUGAGUGCCAUGGGGUUUUUGGACUUGAGGUGAGAAAAAAAACAGCUGAUCUCCAUCUGACCAAGGAAGACCGACGGAUCCGACACAUUCCUUUUCUUUUUUCGUUUCCUGCAGGAUUCCUCACUUCUGUUUUUUUUCUUUUCUAAUUAACGUGGACCCGUUCUGCGCUUUCCGAACGUCAUUUAUUCCGCUGAUUGUUUUAGAUCAAAUGCGUUCAACGCAGAUUUUUAACUCCUUGCCUGCCGUCGACAAUGCGUUUGAAGGGGAAGUUCAGAAUUUUUGACAUUAGGCUUAAUCUUCGAGUUGGCAGAGGUUGAAUUAGUCGGUGGAGUUGAUUUCAACAGAUUCCGUGCAGUUUGUUAGUUACAGGUAGUCCCUGGGUUACGACGUACUCCACUUGCGCGUUCUCCAGUUUGUCUCCAGUCGUUUUUUGUCUUUUUUUGUCGCAUAAACAGUACAUUUUGGACAAUUUGUAAAGCUUUAACACACAUAUGUACACUACUGUUCAAAACGACAAACAUUUUAACAAUAAAAAACUUGGCACAAAACAAUUGGUGUUCAAACGUCCAUCUAGUAUGAUCAAUAUUUAAAUUUAGUAGAUUCAAUUAGCCUAAUUUGCCUAACAAAAGUCCGGUAGCUUGAAUGCUACAAAUGCUAACACAUUUACAUCAAUAAUCGAUUUAUAAUCGCCAUUGACGCAUAUGGAAGUCGAUGCCAUUGACGCCCAUGGAAGUCCCAAUUUCCCCAUUCAUUUCCAAUGGCAUUAACAUUAAAUUGAUGCCAAUUUAGUCAGAUGCAAUUGAUGGCCAUGUAUAUCAAUUCUAUUGAUGCCAAUGUACUUGGAUUCCAUUGACGCAUAUGGAUGUCGAUGCCAUUGACGGCCAUGGACGUCCAAAUUUCCCAUUCAUUUUCAAUGGCAUUUACUUUGUUUAAUGCCAUUGAUGGCCAUGUUUGCUGAUUCUAUUGAUGCUCAUGUGCUUGGAUUCCAUUGACGUAAAUGUAAGUCGAUGUCAUUGACGGCCAUGGACGUCCAAAUCACCCAUUCAUUUUCAAUGCCCGAAAAAAAUGACCAGACAUCAAUAGGACGUGUCCCUAAAUUUCCUUAAAUGACCUGAUAUGACUGGGACACCCCCCCCCCCCCAAAUGACCUGAUAUGACCAGGACACGCCCCCCAAAUGACCUAAUAUGACCAGGACACACCCCCAAAUGUCCCCAAAUUAUCUCAUAUGACCAGGACACACCCCCAAAUGUCCCCAAAUUAUCUCAUAUGACCAGGACACGCCUUCCAAAUGUCUCCAAAUUACCUAAUAUGACCUGGACAUGUCCCCAAACCGACCGGGGUGGGGCUAAGAUCUGUAUUUCCACACAGCAAAAACCCAGAGUAUUUUCUCCAGAAAUUGCAGUUUCUGGUUUGACUAUGUUAGCUCUGUUAAUAUCGUAUUUUUUUAUUGGCAUGCUAAGACAGGACCACUGACCUGCGCUAGCCAAGCCACUCCAGAGCCCUGAAACUAAUAACUGCACAGAGUUUGUUGAAAUCAACUCCACCGCUAACUCGGAGAUAAAGCUUAAUGUAAAAAAUUCUGAACUUCCACUUUAAUCCAUUAAGUCUGGGAGGUCAUUCAUUUGCGCUUCUCGGUCUAAAAGGAUUGGCCGUCGAUGGCAGCCAAUGAUUAAAAAAAAAAAAAAAAAUGAUGCUUGCUUGAUUUGAUUGUUUUUUUAAAUGAUUUUUCUUUGAUAUGAGAUUUUAUUAACAGCAAGGGUGUUUUUAUAUAAAUGACAGCAUGUGAACAAAUGUAAGAAUUGGAGAAUUAGUGUUAAAAGGGAUGGAUGAGCGCAAAACUGCCAAAGUGUGCAAACUGGUCUUCCUCUAAGUCCGCUUCCUAACACCUGGGCAUUUCUCGCUCAUCCCAGUCUACCUUUCAUUAGUAAUAGUUGAUGACGGCGGAUCUUGCAGGAUAUGCCGACAUCACGUCAUCUCACCAGCAUUUUCCACCAUCCAUGCUAGGAAAUCCAGUAGCAAAAGACGACAAAUACAGCUGGAAGGUGGCUUAGAGGAAGUGACAUUUUGUGUGUCGCGCUUGUACAUGACAAAUAAUCUGUGCGGUCACAUGUACCCUAUUCAUUGUUGCCAGAUAGGGCGGCUUUUAAAGCCGGGAGAAAAAUGCAUUGGGCGGGUUAAUUAAACUACUUUUGACAAAAUUUAGUGGUUUUGGCGGGAAUUGUUCUGAUUAGUUUUAACAUAAAUGCCUACACAUUGAAGUUUAACUACAUUACUUUCUUACAGCAGCAUCUUAUUUGCGCUAAUUAUUAGAGUUGUCCGAUCAUAUUGGCCACCUGAUAAAAGCAUUUGAAAUAUCGGGGAAAAUAUCUAGUGGUUUUGCGCCAGUAUGUAUACUGGCUUAUAAAUUAACGUGCAACUACAGUAUGGAGUCAGAUAGCUGUGAAAAAAAAUUCGUACUCGUAUUUACGAGUUCGUGUUCGUAUUUACGCAUUUUUAACCACAAAAUUCUGACGUCGGAUUUUUUUUGCAGUGUGUGAAUACAACUCUUUACGAGGACUACGAAACUCGUCUUUGGAUGAAUUCAAGUUUACGGCUACGACUCAAAAGCAUUGAAAUGACAUCACAUUGAUCCCAGGGAAAACUAAUAAAUCUUCGAGUCCUCUAACUGCGGAUGCGCCAAGACAAAAACAGUUGCCUGCUACAGGAGUAACUGUAAAUCUAUGAACUGUACAUCUUUUAAUAAAGUACCAUUACAAGACAAACAAAAAAUACGUUAUUGAAUUUACCAGUGAUUCAUCACUUUCACCUGACAGGUUAGCUCCGCGCACAACACUGCAGUCAACCAUUUUAUUUUGGCGCAUGUGUCGUUAGAGGAUGCGAGGAUAGAUUCGUUUUGCGUGAGAACCUAUACGUGACGUCAUUUUAACGCUUAUGAGUCGUAGCCGUGAACUUGAAUUCAUCCAAAGACAAGAUCAGCAGGGCCGAGAACCAAAAGUGGUAUGCCAUGUGGCAAAGGGAUUUUGCCAUGUGGCAGUUUUUUUGCCAUGUGGCAAUUUUUUUUUUGCCAUGUGGCAAUUUUUAUUUUUGACAUGAGGCAAAAAAGUUUUUGCCAUGUGGCAUUUUUUUUUUUUUGCCAUUUGGCAAUUUUUUUUUGCCAUGUGGUAAAAUGGAUAUGGCAUUUUUUGGGGGUGUUUUGCAGGCCAUGCACGUCCAUGCCAUUGACAGCCAUGCAUGUCCAAAUUUUCUACUCAUGGUAAAAUACCGCAUGUUUUUCUGCCAUUUAAAAUGAAUAUUUGAUGAAAAUUUUGACGUGCAUAGCCGUCAAUGGCAUAGCCUGACUUGGGUGUCUGUUGAAUGUCAAUGCGCUGUAGUGGUAAGUGGAUGGCCAAAAAUCACAGCCACACGUUUUUGUGCCAUUUAAAAUUAAUGGAAAAUUUGGACAUGCAUGGCUGUCAAUGGCAUGGAUGUGCAUGGCCUGCAAAACUGCCCUAUACAAA